CCCCCGUUGAUCCCUUAAUUUGUUCAUCCAUAAUUCAGCGUCAGUUUGGUAGCAGCUAGCAACUAGCGAGCACGCAAGCUUUCAUUCUUGUCGGGUUGGAGAGACUGCCAUGGCGCUGUGGGGAGGGCUGGGGCAGGCGGCGACGGUGGCGCAGCUGGUCGGGGCGGACGUCGGCGGCCUCAUCUCCAUGAUCAUUCGGGCGGCGUUGACGGCUCAGCAGAACAAGAAGGAGUGCGAGCAGCUCGCCCGCCGCGUCUUCACCAUCGCCGAGCUGCUGCAGCACCUGCAGGACCCGGAGGUGCUGCGGCGGCGGCUGACCGGGCUCGACGACACGCUCCGGGAGGCGCACGAGCUCGUGAUGGCAUGUCAGGAGAAGAACGCGGUGUACAGGCUGGUGAUGGCCGGUCGUCAGGCUGACAAGUUCAGAGAUGUUCAGAGCAGGAUCGACUCGUACCUCCUCCUCUUCCCCGUUAUCAGCCACAUCGACAUCACUCGUCGUCUCGAACGAAUCUACAACAUUCUUGUUCCAAAUGACACGGCCGGGGGGCCCUCUGCAUCUGUCUCCAUGACCCAAAUACCCGCCCAAGCCUCCCAGAUCGAUUGGAAGGAACCCCGUGAAGUCAAAAAGUUUACGUUUAAGGAGCUAGCAAAAGCGACCAGCAACUUUUCUCCUGACAGAAUUAUCGGUCAAGGUGGCUUCGGCCGGGUGUACAUGGGAUAUCUUCCUGACGGUCGAGAGGUAGCCAUCAAGCGCAUGGACACACCUUAUAGGAUAGAAGAGUUGAAGGCAGAGGUGACCAUCCUCCACUCCAUUAGCCACAACCACAUCGUCCGCCUCUUUGGCAGCUGUGUGCUGGACCAAGAGAAGCGCCGACUCCUGCCACCGUUCCGGAAAACUUUGGAGGAGUGCCUACUCGUCUAUGAGUACAUAGAGAACGGCUCUCUUCACCACCACCUGAACGGCGCAACGUCGCCGUCGCCGGUGACGACGUCCUGGAAGAGGCGUAUCGAGAUACUGCUGGGCGUGUCGCGGGCCAUCGAGUACCUGCAGUCCUACGCCGAGCGGCCGGUCAUCCACAGAGACGUCAAGUCAUCCAACAUCCUGCUCGAUGCGAGCUGGGCACCUCUCUUGACGGACUUCGGGUUGGCACUCCCAUGGGAAGGCCCAGACCACGAGGUGGAUGUUAUCCGUGGCACAUCUGGAUACUUGGCCCCGGAGUACGUUAUGACAGGCGCUUUGAAUUUGACGACCGAUAUCUAUAAUUUUGGUGUUGUCAUACUGGAGGUAUUGACAGGGAAGACAGUAUUUUCGAUUCAAGAAUUACAGGAGGAAGAGAACGAGGGGUCGGUAAAGCAGAGCAUCGGUUUAACUUCCAUGGCGGUGCAACUAAUUGAGGAGGGGAAGCUGCGGAAGGUGCUGGACAAACGGCCGGCAGCGGAGCCAACGGCGAGGCAGCUGGAGGCGGCAGAACUGGUGGCGCAGACGGCGGUGCGCUGCGUGCAGCUGCAGUGGGAGGAGCGGCCGGCCAUUUCGGAAGUCGUGGCCAUCCUCGAGACGGCGCUCGAGCUCGCCCGCUGCGACGGUUAACCUGACCUGGGACUGGGAACACUGAGGCAAUGUAUCUCCUUUCUGAAUCGGCAAAUUCAUUUCUCAUGUAAUGAUCCAUGACUAACUCUGUUGCUUUGAUCCAUUUUGUGCGAAUCCUAUUUUCUUUAAUUUGUUUUCCUCAUUUGUUAUCUCCAGUUGGUGCAGCUGUGCUUUACUAAUAACUGUCUGAUCCAUUGCUCUCAACUUAUGCUGUGAGUUUAAUCAGCAGAGUUUUCUCCCAAUCACUUCAAGUUCAUCUGUUUAGAGCCAUGAGAUAUAAAGAUUAGUGCAAGAAAUACUUGGUCCAUGAAGCAAAUUAAUGAGGAGUGUUUCAAUGUAAAGGCAGACGACAAGCAGUGCAAAGCUACAGUUGAGCAUGCUAGAGAGUGUGAUUCUCGAAGGCAAUUGCAAUCUGAAAUCAUAUAGAGUUGAAGAGCAAAAUGGAGUUGUAAUCUUCUUUAACUGCGUGCAUGAUCUCGUUGGAGCAGAAUUUCGUGGCUUUUAUGGUUCGAAGGAUAGUUUUGAGGUAUGUGUUGAUACCAGCAUUCUUCUACAAACACAAACCUUGGUGUACGUAACGCCCGCGUUGUCUCUGAGAGGCGGCUCGGGCGGCGACGCGUGCGACCGAGGAGCUCGCCCAACCUGCUGCUGCCUCGCCGUCGCUCGAGCAGGCUGCCGGAAACCGUGCGACUGCGAUGACGGCGGCGGCGGGGCUCCUUUCUCUCUCCACCUUGGAAUAAAGGCGUAUGGAGGCGCAGUGGAGUGGCCAGAUCUGGCUUCGCCCAGAUCUGCGAAUGGCGACGGUGGACGGAGGCGCGCGGGGUGAAGCCGCGCUGGCCGGAGGCGCGCGAGGGCGAGGCUGCGUUGGCCGGCGGCUGGACACGCGUGGCGACGACGGCCGAAGACGAGCUGCGGGAGGCUACGGCGCCGACGGCCGUAGGCGCGUGACGGCGAGGUCACGCGGGCGCCGGCGCACGAUGACUCACGGCGGCACCCGACGCGUGAGGGCGAGGCCGCGUUGGCCGGCGGCUGGACGCGCGUGGCGACGACGGCCGAAGACGAGCUGCGGGAGGCUGCGGCGCCGAUGGCCGUAAGCGUGUGACGACGAGGUCGUGCAGGCGCCGGCGCACGACGGCUCACGGCGGCACCCGGAGUGCUGUGCUGCCCAGAUCCGGCGCGUGAUGAGAAGUUCCAGUACUUAGAAACGGCGGCGGGCCGGAGACCGAGUGCGUGGCGCCGACGGUGGGGAAGAAGGCGGCAGCGGCCGAGGGCGAGCGCUCGCCGGUGUCAUGGUAGUGGUGGUGCCGUCCUCCCUCCACAAGCCCCGCUCCGCCGGAGGCCUUGACAUCGACCCCCGCCACACCGAGGCCAUCUACCGGGUCUGGAGGCGGCGCACGUUCAGGCAACGUCGUCGGUGACGGUGUUCGCGUGCCGGUACGGCCAAGGCCUUGUGGACGGGGCUUCUGCAGUGCCCGGCGUUAUGUUUGGUUGGUGGUCGGAGUGCGGGUGGCCACUAACCCAACGAACGAACUUACGUGUAGGUGUGAUCCUAUCUGCUCUUGACUAGAAAUCCAAUACAACCAUGUCCCUUUGAA